CUCUUGCAGAAUGAUUUAUUAACUUGGGUGGUCGCGAUCACUGAUUCACCAAAGCCACCCUCUCAACGAAUUUCUCUCACCCUUCCCGUACUCAAUGCCGCCAAGAAUGUUGCGUUCAUCGUCACUGGUGAAGAGAAGGCUUCAAUGGUCAAGAGUAUUCUUGAUUCUGAUAUUCAACAUGUACCUGCCUCUUUUGUGCGACCUUUUAGCAAGAGGCUACUCUUUUUUCUGGAUAAGGAUGCAGCAAGCAAAUUAUAG